AUGCGUUUCGGGCCAGGCACGGUGGAGAGAUGUGUCGGCUUGUGUAAUAUUUGUCAUUUUGGUUGCCUAACUACUGGCGUAGUAGUAAAACCUUGGCAAUUUUUAACAAAUGGGCUGAUGGAUUGGCCAAAUUUUGGGGAUCAUAAGGAGACAGAUUACGCUUCUAAAGAAGCCGGUGGAGCAAUAAUAUCAAUUCCAGAAACGGAACCUUUACCCAUAAACCAAUCCAUAUCCCUAUUUUACCUGUUUUCCCGCCAAUUGGUAUCCCAACCGGAUAAUAUCCUGGAAAAAUCAAACACUCCAGGGAAUUGCUUUGCUUUCUGUGGAUCCAGCGGAAGAAUCCGCAUAAAAUUGUCGAAAAAAGUGAAAAUCGUGGCUGUCACUCUGGACCACGCCCCCUUCGCGCUAUUGGAUGAUUUAUCCCACGCACCCCGCGAUUUCGCUGUAUACGGUUUAAAGCUCGAAAAUUCCGACGCGCGUAGUUCUUUGGGAAAGUUUCAGUACAAAUUAGAGGGGAUGCACGUUCAAACUUUUGUCGUUAAUCCCGAUUUGAUUUUUCCGUACGAAUUUGUCGAGUUAGAAAUUCUUAAUAAUCACGGGAAUGAGAAUCUGACUUGUGUUUAUAGAUUUAGGGGUCUUUCGAGUGUAGACGACGAUGACCCAGUGCUAUUAGGAACAUUUGAGUACAAAAUAAACGAAGAUCAUAUUCAAACCUUUUUGAUAGAUCCAGUUCAGAUAAGUUCAUUCGAAUACAUCGAAUUGCGUAUAAAAAAUAAUCAAGGGAAUGAACACUACACUUGUUUGUACAGAUUUAGAGUGCACGCUUCAAGGUUACCAAUAAAAAAUUGA